AUGAAGGACUCGCAGGAUCUGUCGACACUCUGUGUCGCUACUGCAGUCGUCCUUUUAUGUCUAACGCUUGUCAUUCGAACAUGGAUCCGUCCUGAGCGAGUCCCUCCUGGGAUUGAAUGGGCAGGGAAGCGACUCGAGUUCUUUGGCGACAUCAGAGCAUGUGCCCGUGAGUACAUGGGAGGAUUGAAAACAAUGCUGUCUGGUUACAAGAAUUUCAGUCGCAAUGGGAAACCGUUCAUCCUGCCCGGAACGGGCUUUGAGCCUCAUGUCAUGUUACCACCUGAAUUUAUCAAAUGGCUCAUCGAGCAACCUGAGCAUGUUCUUUCUCACCGACUGGUUCAAGGAGAAAAGCUAGGUCUUAAGUAUCUUCUUCCGGCAUUUGAUUAUACCUCUGAUAUGGCCAUCAUUGAAGCAAUUCGCGUCCAUCUCACCCGGAAUCUGGGCAAGGUGCAGGGUGAUCUAUUUGAUGAAAUGAGACAUUCGGUUGAUCAAACGUUGGGCAUGAAUGAUGCAGAGUGGAAGGAAGUAAAUCUCUACGACACUUUGAACGAGAUUGUUUUCAAGGCCAGCGGUCGCAUUCUUUUUGGCCAGGAUUUGACUCGCAAUGAAAAGUUUAUGCAUUACGUCUUGAAAUUUGCGACAUGGUUCGGCAUGGGAACUGUUUUGAUCGGUCAAUUGGUUCCAUGGCAAUUUCGACGAUUGGUUGGCUCGCUUUGCGCCAUACCAACUGCCUACUAUCGGUCAAUGUGCGCAAAUCACCUUUGGCCACUGUUUGUUGAGAGAUAUGAAAACAUGAAACGCAAGAGGGAUGACCCGACUUUUGAUUACUCUCCGCCAGAAAAUCUGAUAACUUGGAUGUACCGUGCUGCAUUCGACAUAAAAGAUCAAGAGAUCACAAGUGGGAAGCCUUUGGCGGCCAGAUUCACAGUCUUGGUAGCGGGGGCCAUUGCAACAUCCGUAGUGACAUCCACUAACGUUCUACUUGAUCUCCUUGGUUCUGACCCUCGUCAAAACUAUUACAGACUCUUGCGGGAAGAGUCCGAGGCAGUCUUCUUGACAGAAAAUGACUGGAAUAACUCUUCUUCGCUCUUGAGACUACACCAUCUGGAUAGUACAAUUCGGGAAAGUCUUCGACGCCAUCCGAUCAUUCUUCGAGGUUUGUCGCGACAGGUAAUGCCCAAGGAAGGCAUUACACUACCUAACGGCCAACAUAUUCCCCAAGGUGCGUGGCUCGGCUUUCCUGUUCCAGCAAUUCAGAACGAUAGCCGAUACUACAACGAGCCCGAUGUGUAUACUCCGUUCCGCUUCUUGCCCACAGAAACGAACAAACGAACUAUGCUGGUGACUACCAGUGACACUUUCCUUCCAUUUGGCCAUGCUAGGCACUCUUGUCCCGGUCGUUGGUUUGCAUCUCACCUCAUGAAGCUGCUCUUUGCGUAUAUUACGAUCCACUAUGACGUCGAACCCUUGAAGGAAAGACCUUUGAACAUGAUUGUGGGCGAUCACCCAAUCCCGCCUCCUUGGAUUAAGAUUCGUGUUCGUCGCAGAGCGCGUCAUACCUAG